CCGUUGCCGCCGCUUUCCGGCCCAUGCCCCGGUUCGCCUCUCCUCGCCGCUGGGACUGCUGCUACGCGAGGCCGGGGAUCCGUCGGGGCGAGCAGGCCGCGAGACACCUCCGGGCCUCGCUCUCCAGGUAGGGGAGAAGGGAGGAAGCUGGGCAGGGCGAAGCUAAAGCUCCUCUUUCCUUGCCCCGGAGCUCUUGCCCCGCCGGCCACACGGAGCCGAGCGGAGCGGUGGUCACUUUCCCCGCGGGCGGCGGAGGAAGGAGGAGGAAAAAAGCGCUCCUGGCCCCGAGCGGGGCCGCCUGCCCUGCUCCUUGGACGGAGUAGGCCGAGGCCCGGCCAGCGGCACGGGAGACGCCCCGAUAAUGUGUGAAGGCGGCGCUCCCGGGCCGGCGGGGUGAGGCAGCCCGAUCGGCCUCGACGCAACCUCUUGGCCGGCGGCCUUGGGCAACCCACGGCCCUCCAGGUGUGUAGAUCGCCCCCCUCCGCAACUCCAGAUGUUUUUGGCUAGCACAGCUGCCUGGGGCUGAUGGGAGUUGGCGACCCGCAACAUCCGGAGGGCGCCUGCCUGGCCGAAAAAAAGGCUGGCAUCUUGCCUGGGGGGCGGGAAACCUUUGCGUUGCAGGGUGAUGGGGAUGAACAAUCUCCGUGGGCUCUGCAAUGUGGUGAAGCCCUUAACAACCCAGUCACCCCCCCCCCCGGGCAUUUCUGCUGGAUGUGGGCCUGGGUAACCUGAAUGGAGAGGACCGCUAGGGCUCUGGACUGUCCAGCCUUCACCUGGCUUCUUGGGGUGGGUGCAGCUCCCCAAGUCUCUGGCAGAGAAGAGCCUUUCUAUGCCACCUGGGAUCCUUUUUUACCUGGAGGAGAGAAUCUGGGACCAUCUGUGUGUAAAGUAGAUGCUGUGCCACUGAGCUGCAAAACCUGGCAAGAUGAAAUUCUCUGUUCCCUUCUUUCAUACCCAUUCUGGUGCCAGGCAAAAGGCCUCCUGCAGCCUUUAGGAUGUCCCGUCUGCUGGUGUCUGCUUUGGUUUGAGACUUACCGCAGCAGGGAAUUGUUGUGCCCAGUGCGACAAGCUUGUCACUUCCAGGUUUGGGAGCAAUUGCUGCAAACUCAGAUCUCCUUAAUUGCUUUGCCUCAGUCGAGAAGCUGAAGCCCUUAUUGUGGAAACCCCGAUUUCUUUUCCCCAGCAUGUCAGAAAGCUGGCCGCAGCAGCCCCCACAGCAGCAGCAGCCGGUGCCACACCAUGCUGGGACCGCUGCCCUCCCGGAACAUCCCAUCCCCUCCAGCGCUGUGGUGGAGAAUCCCUUGGGCUGUGCCGUCUAUGGCAUCCUCCUCCAGCCGGAGCCCAGCAGCCUGCAGCACCACACUUCCAUCCCGGCUGGUGGCGGAGAGCCUUCCACAAAAUGCGGGCUGUGUGGGCACGACUUGGGGCACCUGUCAAACCCCCAGGAGCACCAGUGCCUGCAGGGGGGCCACGACCGCUCCUUCCAGUGCACCCAGUGCCUGAAGAUCUUCCACCAGGCCACCGAUCUCCUGGAGCACCAGUGCCUGCAAGUGGAGCAGAAGCCCUUCGUCUGCGGUGUCUGCAAGAUGGGCUUCUCCCUGCUCACCUCCCUGGCCCAGCACCACAACGUCCACAACGGCAGCGCCGCCGUCAAGUGCUCCAUCUGUGAGAAGACCUACAAAGCUGCAGCGGCGGCCGUGGCAGCCACCGAGGAGCCUGCGCCACCGCAGCAGCCAGCUGCGCUCAACCGGACUCCCGUUGAGAAGCCCUACAGCUGCUCCAUCUGCCAGAAGCCCUUCAAGCACCUCUCGGAGCUGUCGCGCCACGAACGCGUCCACACCGGGGAGAAGCCGUACAAGUGCAGCCUCUGCGACAAGAGCUUCAGCCAGUCCUCCCACCUGGUGCACCACAAGCGCACACACAGCGCCGAGCGGCCCUACAAGUGCACCGUCUGUGAGAAGGCCUUCAAGCACCGCUCCCACUUGGUGCGCCACAUGUACGCCCACUCCGGGGAGGCCCACCUCUUCCGCUGCAAUGUCUGCGAGCUGCACUUCAAGGAGUCCUCCGAGCUGCUGCAGCACCCCUGCACGCCCAGCGGGGAGCGCCCCUUCCGCUGCGGCGCCUGCCACAAGGCCUUCCGCCGCCCCUCGGACCUCCGGCAGCACGAGCGCACCCACAGCACAGAGCGCCCCUUCCAGUGCGACCUCUGCCAGAUGAGCUUCAAGCAGCAGUACGCCCUCAUGCGCCACCGCCGCACCCACAAGGCGGUUGUGGGCACCUCCACAGCGCCAGCGCCUUCCACUGAGCAGGAGCUGCCGGUGGGGCCAUUCAAGUGCUCCCUGUGCGAGAAGGGCUUUGUGCAGCCGGCCCACCUCCUCUACCACCAGCACGUCCACGGCAUCGAGAACCUCUUCAAGUGCAACGCCUGCCAGAAGGGCUUCAGCCAGUCCUCAGAACUGCUGCGCCACCGCUGCGUGCAGAGCGCCGAGCGGCCCUUCAAGUGCGCGGCCUGCAGCAAGGCCUACAAGCGGGCCUCGGCCCUGCAGAAGCACCAGCUGGCCUCGCACUGCGCCGAGAAGCCCCUCCGCUGCACCCUCUGCGAGCGCCGCUUCUUUUCCUCCUCCGAAUUUGUGCAGCACCGCUGCGACCCGGCCCGCGAGCGGCCCCUCAAGUGCCCAGACUGCCAGAAGCGCUUCAAGUACGCCUCCGACCUGCAGCGCCACCGGCGGGUGCACACCGGGGAGAAGCCCUACAAGUGCCCCGCCUGCGAGAAGGCCUUUAAGCAGCGCGAGCACCUCAACAAGCACCACGGCGUCCAUACCCGGGAGCAACAUUACAAGUGCAUGUGGUGCGGGGAGCGCUUCCUGGACCUGGGCCUCCUGCAGGAGCACAGCGCCCAGCACACCUCCACCGAGAGCACGUACCCCGUGGCGCCCUGCCUGCCCUGAGCAGCUCCCCCUACUGGCGGGAAAAGGUUCAUGUCAUCCUCCAUGCCCUGUUAGCGCUGGGCUUAGGCUACGGCAAGCGACUGGGCCAUGUGGGUCCCUUUCCUUCUCCUUUGCAGGCCAACCUGCGAACAGUGGAGGGGGUGGGGAGGGCUGGAGCAAGCAGCGGUGGCCUCUGUGUGAGCACUGGGCUCAGCAAUUGGUCAAUUUGGCCCAUUUGCUUCUAUGAAUGGGCUGAGUGUACCUUUGGAACCAGCUGUGACUCAGGCCUGCUUUGCUGCUCCAGGCGCAGUGUCUGUUUUUUGGGUCAGGAUGAAUGUUCCUUAAGCCUGCCAACCAAAUCCAGAUCCUCAUCUUCCCCCACCCCUGCCCCUCAUGAUGCAUUCGUGUCUACAGAGAGGAGUGUGAUAUUCAAAGAAAUUUGCCACGUUGGGUUCUUUGCUGCUUCAAAUUUAUAGGGCAGGACUCCGCAGCAAGGGAAGCCAGGCAGGUAAAAUGGUGAGAGAUGGACUUGGUGGGCGCGGCUGCCCUUAAGGUGCCAUCCCUAGGGAAAUUCUGCUUGUGUGCAUUUGUUCAGUUCAAGCGUACACCCGAGAGAGAAGGCCCCAGAGCAGCCAUGCCUUGUGCUCCUCUUCCUGGCUUCCGUUGCCCAAAACUGCCAGGGCUGGAGGCUUUUCAUUUCCUCCAAAUACCGGAGCUCUCAAGGUGCUGCCUAAGCCAGCGGUGUGAGGGGUCCCAGGGCAGUGUGAAAGGCAACAGAGAGGGAGGGCAUGAUGGAACACAGUUACAUAUUUAAAAGUCUUCUAAAGCCAGAGCAAAGCUUGACCCUUAACACUGUAUGGGGGAGGGUUCUCUGUGUCAUUUCUAGGCUCUAUCAAAAUGGAAGGAAAGUUUUUUGUUUUGUUUUUUACAUGCAACUAAAAAAAGAAUUUGGUGGAAGGAGCAUUCAAAAUGGGCUGCUAGAUCUGUCCUGGAAUUGAUCUAGAGGAGCGCCAUUUGCUUUAGUGAUAUGAUUGGCAAUAAGCUACAGCUGGUAUCACAGAGACUUUGGAAAUGCUUUCCUUUGGGACCGUUCUGUGGGACACUGUGUGUGUGUGUGUGUGUGGUUUAUUGCCCUUUCCACACUCAGCCCCCAAACUGUAUUAAAUUGGGAGGCUGCUGCAGCAGGUAGAGCAAGAACUGCCGAUGGAGCAGCCCUCAAAAAAAAAAAAAAGCUUUUGUUUGUUUUUUAUCUGUUUCGCACGGGACACACA